GUGUUCCUGCAGCACCAUGAGCAGCCUGCCUUCCUCCAGCCAGUGAAGCAGCGGCUCACACAGCAGAUGUCAGCGGACAUGGUGGAGCUCUCAGUGAAGGCAGCCGAGCCGCUGCGGGCCGCCGGCGGCCUGCAGCAGAACCGGCUCUUCCUCGACUUCUUCUGGGACUUGGCCAAACCGGACCAGGAGGUGCGACUGAAGGCGGUGGAGAACCUCAUCCAGUACCUGAAAGCUGAGAACAAGGAGGAUGAGCUGGAAUACACCUUUAGAAGACUCGUGGACGGACUCGCUCACACGCGGGAGGCAGCGAGACCCGGAUUCAGCCUGGCUCUGGGGCAGGUCUUGAGUGCCUUUGAAGAUGUCUCCCUUCAGAGUAUACUCGACCGAAUCAAAGAAAAGCACAGCUUACAGGCUGUGAAAAAGAAACUUGCCAGAAAUGCUAUGUUUGGAAACUUGUUCGGCGUCCUCGCCCUUCAUCAGUCCGGCCGCCUCUCUAAAGAGCCGCAGGUGGUUCUGGGAUGUGUGAAGCUCCUGCAGAGUCUCAGCCAACACAAACAACAUGUGAAGGACCUGCCCAGCAAGACCAUGAUGGACAUCCUCAACGAGAUCCCAGAGGAGGUGUUUGAGGAGGUCCUGCUGAGCGCGCUACAAGCUGACCUGGCAUCAGCCUUCAGGACUCCAGAGCAGCUGCAGCUGCUGCUGGUGGCUCUGCAACGCUUCCCACAAACCCUCAAACCCAAGAAACUGAAGAACCUAUUGGGCUCCUCCACCAUCAUCAACACUGACAACAUCCCCAGGUUGACAGAAGUGUUGAAGAUGGCAGCCCGCUCAGUGAAGAAGGACCGCAUCCUCCCAGCGGUGGCCCUGGACCUCCUCAAGCUCUCUCUGAAGGAAGACAGCUUCCAGCUCUUCUGGAAUAAAGCCAUAACAGACGGCAUGUUAAAGGAACAUGAGGGCCCGACUCUUUUCCUGAGCUUCCGUCUGCUGGGCAGCGCUCUGCCGCUGCUGUCUCUAUCUCAGCUGAAGGAGGUUUUGUCUGGAGAGGUGAUGAUGAACUACGGAGAACACGUGGUGACGGCUCAGAAACCCGACCGCUUCAAACUGGCCCCAGAGAUGGACGACUACGUGUCUAACUUCUUGCAGGGCUGUGAGGACUCAGACAAACAGCUGGCGGUGAUGUUGGGCUUCUCCUCGCUGACCAACCAGGGCUACCCGGUGGUGCCGUCGGUGUGGAGGGUGGUGCAGCACCUGCAGCCUGCAGCUCUGCACGGCUACGUGGAGUGGCUGAAGAACAUGUUCCUGGAGCCUCAGCUGGACAAACUGCUGGACUUCAGCACUCGCAACCAGAAAAACAACCAGGAGGGGAGGGCGCAUGAGAAUGAUGUGUUUCGCCUGAGGAAGUGGAUCGUUGCUCGGCUCUCCUCCAUCAUUGACAACCACCAGGUGAAGAAGCAGGAGGACUUCAUCAUGGAUGUGGCCCGGUUUGUCUUUUUCCACGCUUUCUUCAGCACCAAAAAGGCUUCACCUGAUAUCGCAGAGACAAAGGAGAAGCUUUCUGUCCCAUUGGAUGAAAGAACCAGAGGAGUGCUAGUCAAUUCGUUCUUUGGACUCCUGCUGUCCAUGCACCACCUGCCGCUCGCCGACGACUCUGCUGAAGGUGCAGCUAUAAACCAGAAGCGGGUGCUGGGUGUCACAUCUGAUGGCAACAUGUGGAUCUACCACCUGGUCCAGUACGCACAAGUCCUGCUUAACCAGCCGAAAUGCGUUCAGAGCAGCCAUCCCUUCAGCCCUGAGCAGAGACAGGCCUGGGACAGCAUGCUGGAGUCUGUAGCAAACCUGAAAAAGAAAGCAAAAAAAGGCCCAUCAUCAGAGAGCAAUGCUUUCCAGCAGCUCUUCUUGUUGGUUGGCAUGCACCUGUUCAAGGACCCUGAAGAACUGCUGGACAUCAUGAAAGAUCUGCAGAGCUGUAUGGACAAAGCUCAGGAGAAGAAGGCCAAGAAGAAGAAGAAGAAGAAAUCAACCACGGAGCAGGAGGAGGAGGAGCCUGAGUGGGUGGAGGUGAUGGUGGACAUCUUGUUGUCUCUGCUGUCGCAACAGAGUCGACACAUCAGGCAGGUCUGCAAAACCGUCUUCUCCUCGAUCUGCCCACACGUUACUGCAGCCGCCCUCACCGCCAUCUUGGAUGUUUUGGACCCAGAUAAGGAGGAUGACGAGGACGGUGCUGUCGUCGUCACUGAUGACACAAACAAAAGGCGGAAGAAGAAACCAAAAGAGGGGGAUGACGAGGAAGAUGAGGAGAUGGAGGAUGAUGAGUCCGAUGAAUCUGACGAUGACUCUGAUGAGGAAGCAGAAGACGAAGCCAUGGAUGAGGAGAAGGAUGAUGAUGAAGAGGAGGAGAUGGAGAAGGAAGAAGUGGACGGAAAUUUUCGCCUUGAGUUGAUGAAGGUUCUCCAGAAUCAGAACGCUCUGGCCACAGAGGAGGACGGCAGCAGUGAUGAAGACAUGGACGAUGAAGCCAUGAUGAAGCUGGACAAGAGUCUGGCAGCGCUGUUCUCAGAGCAGAAGAAAAGAAUUCAGGCCAAGACGGACGAGAAGACAAAACUAAAGAAAGAGAGGACGCUGGUCAGAGAGUUUAAGAUCAAGGUGUUGGACCUGGUUGAAGUGUUUGUGGCUCGGCAGGCCGGCAGCCCUCUGGUGCUCGGUCUGGUGGAGCCUCUGCUCACGCUCAUCGACCGAGGGAUGAGCUCCAACAGCGACCAGCAGGAGCAGGACUUCCUCCGCAGAGCUGCAGACAUCUUCAGGAACCAACUGUGCAGGUCCAAAGUGUACUGCAGGACUGCUGGCGACAGACAGGGGGAGCUCCAUGACCUGCUGGACAAACUGAUGACUAAAGCCCAGAAACUGUCCGACUCCUCGGUCUGCCUUUACUACUUCAGUGCAUCUCUGUAUGUGGUCAAAGUGCUGCGAGGAGCUCCUCCUGCUGAGACCAAAGAGGAUCCGGCAGCCGAAAGAGCUGCAGCAGCCGACGUUGAGUUCAUGGGAAAUGUGGACGUGGAUCGUGUCUCCACCGUGUUCAGAGAGGCUCUGAGCUCCUUCAUGAGCAGGAGGAACAGUCCGCUGACCGCUCAGAUGUUCACCGACUUGUUCACCAGGUUCCCCGUUUUAUGUGUGAAGCUGUUGGACACAGCAGUGCAGAACAUCACAUCUGGGAUCAGAGAACAUCAGCAGGGUCAAGCGUGUGUGUUGGUGUUGCGGGCGAUGCAGAGCCGGGAGGUCCAGCAGCUGCUUCACGGUGCUCAGUGGACGGAGCUGUGUGAGAAGGUCACAGAGCAGCUGGCAGCGACUCUCGAGCACGUUGGCCAAACUGAGGGCAAAGUGGUGAAGGAGAAGGUGGUGAAAGUCCUGGAGCUCUGUCAGUUUGUGUUGAAGCACAUUCGACUUCAGAAGCUGUCUGUGGAGCUGGAUUCCCUCCAGAACGUCCUGCAGCAGCUGACCAGCAGCAUCGCUUUCAAGAAGACCGGCAAGCUGGAGGACACGUACUGGGCUGUGAUGAAGCACUUUGGAGUCACGAAACCCAAAGCUGAGAAGACGAAGCCUGACGCAGACGCCGACCAACAGGACGCUCCCAAGAAGAAGAAAGGUUUCCUGCCUGAAACGAAGAAACGUAAGAAGCGUAAUAAGCCUGUUUUGGAGCCGGCGGGAGACAAGUCAGCCUCCACAAACAAACCAGGGGCAGACAAAGGACAAGCCAAAAAGAAACAAGACAAGAAAACUAAACAGAAGCGACCGGCCGACGGAGCGACGGCUUCACAGCCGAACCCAGCCAAGAAGAGCAAGAUGCAGUCUGAGAGCCAACCGGCCAAGAAGAAGAAGAAGAAGAAACCCAAACAGAAGAAAGAGGGAGGAGGGCAAAUGUAAAGUGGACAUGGUUAUUUAAAUGGACACACAGGCUUUUGUAAUUUCCUUUUAAACGGGCUGUUUUUGUCUUUUGUCUGCCGUUUCAGUUCUGAUAAUGUUUUGAUAUAUUUCUUUAAGAAAUAGUUCCACAUUGAAAAUCUUUGAUGUGUGGGAAGUGAGUUAAGACAGAUUAUUUUUCUAAUGUGUGACUGCUGUUGAUUAGAAAAAUGUCUCCAACAAUAAAAAUGCUUCUCUUCCUGGAAAUCCAUCAGCUCUGAAAAUAAAUGAAUGAAAUGAAUGAAAAA